GAGGCGACGACGUAUUCGCUGCCAAUAUAGAGACCACCUUGGGUAGCUGCAUGUUGAUUGAAACACCUGCUGACGGGUGCUGAGUGCAAGGCGAUACACAUAGAAGACGACCCAACCAUUUCAGCUCAACGCAAAACCGUCAAAAGGAGCCAAAGCUGUUACCCGGAUCCAACGAUUGAUACUCCCAACUUGACGACAGAGAAAUGGAUUCUAGGUACCCCAACAACGGACAUGGACAUCAACAUCUCCAACCAGGCCAUGAGCGGCACCACCAACGCUUUUCAUGGCAAACGGCAGUUCCAGAGGAAGAGGCGCCGCCUUACGAGCCACCCCAACAGCCUUUGCCGCACAUUGAAACAGCUCAGACUUCGCACAAUCGAGCCUUCUCCUACGCCCAAACACCCAUUGAACUCCGCGAUCCCUACCACUCGUCAUCGCUCAGCCAUCCACCUCUACCAGGCGCAUCCGUUCAAGCCAGCGCACCAAUUCAACCAGCAGAAACCAGGCCAAUAUCGCCACCAUCUCCAGCGUCACCUCAUGACGAUGGACAUGCGCCGUCGUUCUCCGCGGAUUCCAUUCCUACCCACACUAGGGCGGAUCCGCAAACCAACCACGCCAGAAAGCUCAGCUAUCUAUCUCCACUGGACACGAACCUCCGCCCGCACAACGCUCCCCCCGUUCCCAUGAUCCCGCAAACCCACCAAACCGAAGCCGAUCCCCUCCCCUACAAAACUCCCAUAUCCCCAAUCUCCGCCGGCCCCAUCAUCAACGACGGCAACCUCUCCCAGCACCAAAACAACCGCAAAUCAUUCCCCGCAGAGCCCUACUCUCCGCACGGCUUCCCCACCACGCCCUCACACGCCGUCUUCUCUCCCCACGCCGCCCACGGCCCCAAUGGACUGGACUUCGCCCUCCACCAGCCCGGCCAAAUCGCCCAUCCCAACAUGGACAUCGCCCAGAAAGGCUCCACCCACGAAUUCAAGCACUCCCUCUGCGAAUGCACAAGCGACAUCGGAACCUGCCUAACGGGCCUCUUCUGCCCCUGCGUCCUCUACGGCCGCACCUCGUACCGCCUGUCUCGCAAAUCGGACAAAAAGGACCCCACGGAUAUGCUCGGCUACAAAGCGGUUAACGGCCACUGUCUCCUCAUGAGCGUGUCGUGCGGUCUGUGGUGGUUGUUUCCCAUGCUGCAGCGCACACGCAUUCGGCAUUUGUACAAGGUCAAGGGAGGGUUGGGAAGUGAUAUCUUGAAGGGGUGUUGUUGUUGCUGUUGCGUGGCGAUUCAGAAUGAGAGGGAGGUUAGAGGGAGGGAGGAGAGUUCGAGGAGGUGGGCGGGUCCGGCGAGUGCCGAAGUGUAUACGGCGCCGGCGCAGAUGAAAUAUGCGCCGCAGAAUUGACUGGGCGGAGGGAAGGCGAGUUGCGGAAUGGAUAGGGGAUGAGG